AUGGCUAAUUAUCUCCUCGGCAUUGAGAAGUCGAUCUCGGGCCCCUCACCUGCAGAUGCAAGUGAGCAGCAACGUCCAGCUCCCACAACAGCAGCUGAGGCACGUCAACAAGCAGCCGAGAAUCGUCGCCAGGGUCGUGAAGCAGCACGUGCCGCCAUGGGUCGCGGCACUACUUCACGUGCGCAUGGGCGUGGUGCGGGAGACGCCAGCGCGGCGGGAGCCACACCGACCGAACCAGAGCCACCGUCUGAAAGCACUGCUGACCCUAUGGCUCAAUCGGCCGAGUCCCCUGCCACCAACUCGCCGCCAGCUCGUCCGUCUAGAUCAACGCCUGCAACUGCACGACCUUUUGAUUAUGCAUGCAUCUUGAGACGUGUAAGGACAGGUUACAUCCCCAGCUCCAUCCGUACGGACCUGCCACGUGCAACUAGAUCGCACGGAAACCCGGCUGAGGAUGGAGAGGAACCGAACGGGGGAAGCACCUGCCAGGCAUUGGUCCUGGUCUCUUUGGAUCACCCGUGGCCAGAUGUCGGCAGUGCCAACCCCGGGGUUAACACAGCGGCCGAUGCUGAAGAGGACGAUGAGGAGGAUGCAGAUGCAGAGGAGGCAGAUGCAGAGGAGGCAGAUGCAGAGGAUGCAGAAGCACUUGCCACAGCAGAGGGGGUGCAGGCAGAGGCUAGCGUGGACGACGAUGACAACACUCCAGAGUUCGGUGUUGCGGAUGGGGACCACACCACAUGCGUGCGGACCGGGUAUUGUGAACGUAAGAUGGUGGCGCUCGAGCGAACUGAUCUCCUGACAGAGGCAGCCGAGGAGCGGAUGGUGGAGAAGGAGACACGGGCGGAGGGGUACGAGCUGUUGGGCGGGGACCAUGAAGAAGGAACCAUCCAGACCAGGGACACCGAUGAUCCCAAAGAAUGGAGGUUCUUCAACGUCAACUUGAAGGCGAAGACAUGCGACUGCAAAAACUGGGACCAGUACCAGUUUCCGUGCUCCCAUGCUGUGGCCUUUGCUGUGAAGCGGAAGCUAGACCCCCGCACUCUUGUCUCUGAUUUCUACACCACAAAGAAUUGGGCAGAGACGUACUCUUCAACGGUGUGGGGGUCCUGUGUGGACCGCAUCAUCCUUGAGAAGAGGCUGCCCCCCCCCCCCCCCCCCCCCCCCCCGGCGUGUGCGAUGCUCCGCCCUUUCGCCGCACCGCUGUCGGCCGCCCCCCGAGCUACGCUCGCGUAG